UUACUCUAAAUCCUUGAGUGCAAUUGUGUGAUUAUUUACGAUUUCCGUUCUUUUCUGCAUUAUUUAAGGUUUUCACUUUCAACAAAGAUGGCUCAAGGAACAUGAACAGUUACAAGUACCACAACUGCAAAGCAACCCAGGGUUAGAGAAUAGUUAAACAAAGAAUAGAAUCAAGACAGAGAAUGUCAGUAAGGAACUGCACUUUCGAGUUUAAAAGUCUCCUAGAGAAUUUAGAAAGUCCAAAUUAUAAUAACGUAUCUUAGAAGAAAUGAUGCAAAAGCGCUCAAAAACCCUUCUUCCCCGUCUCUACCUCUUCUUCAAAAGCAAAUAAACCCUUAUCUUUGACACUGCAGAAACACGUCAGACCAAUAAUAAAACUAAACUUAGAGCAUAAUCCAGCUAAAUUUUUAUUCCCUCUACCAGUGUUGUUCCUUGUUUAAUUUAUCAUGAUAGAUCAUUCAUAGAAUACACUCCAUAAUGAUUAGUACAAUCAUAUAAAGGUCACCCAAAGAAUUCUAAAAUAUCAUACUUAUCGUCUUUCUUCUAUUGUUUGAUCCGAAUAUCCUCCAUGAAUUAAGCUGGUCAGUUGUUUGAACCAUAAGUUUCUUGCUCAAUUCACACUAAUGGAAUAAUAUACGCAAGAGGUGAGCUGUUCCAUUCAAAGAGAUGCCUGGCUAUGGGCCUUACAUUUCUCAAAUAAUAAUCUAUACUCUUGAAGACCACCUCUUUCUCUAUCUUGUGUUCGUGUUAUCCGAUUACACAUCUGAUAGAGUGUGUUCCUGACUCUCCUGAUCCAUAACUUCCAACGAGACUGAAUCAACUCUCUUCUCCAAGUCAUUUUGCAAAGAAGAGGACACAACUUUGAUGUUAGUGACUGACAUGGCUCUUGAAUUGGAGGACCAUGGAGCCCCCGAUGGACUCUUAGAGAACGUAUGGGCGAAUUUCAUCGGUGGAAAUGCAACUGGAGGAGAAGACAUCAAGGCACCCACUUCAACCCAAAUUUGGGAGGGACUACCACAUCUAGAUAGGAGAGAUGGGUCAAUGGAAAUUCUAGAGAGGCUUCCCAGUCUAGGGAGAUGGAUAUCCAUGGGAGCUGAAAGCUGGGAGGAACUUCUCAAUGGAACACAGUCCUCAAACAAUACUGAACCCUCCAACAAUCUUAAUUCAGAAUGUAGUGGGGCUAUUACUUCAACUCCAAAACCAAAUGCACUGAAAGCUGAGAAGGUGGCAGCUAGACACUUCAGGGGAGUGAGGAGGCGACCAUGGGGUAAGUAUGCGGCAGAGAUAAGGGACUCAUCAAGAAAAGGAGUUCGAGUUUGGCUAGGGACCUUCGACACAGCUGAAGAAGCUGCUCUUGCUUAUGAUAAAGCUGCUUUGAAGAUGAGAGGGCCUCGGACUUUCCUCAAUUUUCCAUUGGAGACUGUUGCAGAGGCUAUGGAAGACAAACGAAAUUCAGUGAAUCGUUCCUCACCAACUUCUCAAGCAAGUUAUAAUACAGAAUUAAACAGAUCCCCCUGCUCAUAUCCAAAAAAAAGAGCAGCUAGUGAGUGGGAACAGAAUGAUGAGACAAUGUCAAUAAAAGAGCAACCUGCAUGGAAGAAACUAGCUAAUGUGGAGCAGAUGUUAUGGAAUGAAUCUGAUGUACUCGAGUUUCAAGAUCUUGGAAGCGAUUACUUGGAGAGUUUGUUGUCCUCGUGACAAAAUCUAUAUUGGGAUGGCCCCAAAUGAUGAACAAUUGAUCCCCCAAAAGAAAAAGGAAAAUUCAUUAGUCUUUACUGUAGGUUUGACUGUAUAAUUAAGAUGUAUAAUAUUCUUAAACAUGUGGACAAGCUGAUCAUACAGUUUGGACACAACAGAUUAAUUGUUUCCAGGCAUCUCUGCCUUGAGGUUUUGUUGUUAAUAUAUACUCAUUAUAUAUUUCAUUUAAUUAGCAGAAAAAGUGCAUGUGUAUGUUCCAAAUCAUGGCUGAUCAAGUUUAUGCCCUGUUAGUUAUUUGUUUUUAUAUUAAUAUGGUCCUCAAGCACUAAGAAUUAAUGGAAUACCAUGGAUGAGUAUCGAUCAUUCCGAAGAUCAACAUAAGAUGGUAAUCAUUCAAAAGCUCAAGGAAUAGAAGAAUAAUUCUCCUUCAAACAAAUUUCUUAUAACCCUUCUGUCUACUUGUUCAGUGCCAUGUCUAUGUAAGGAGCUAAUGAUAUCCUCUAUUAUUAUUACUGUUAUUGUUAUAUGAAUAUUUCGAAAAGAAGAACUAGCUACAUUUAUGCUUAACAAGUUAUGAUCUGGUGUACAUAUACUUGUUGAUCAUAGAUCAUCAAAUUAAAAUCUUAACAUGCAGCUUUGUAAAUGAUACACUAAGGCUGAUCACGGAUUUGAACCUUGGUGAUAUUAAAUAUCUAGGUUUUUUUUUUUUUUUUUUUUAAUGCUGGUAUGAUAAUUGGACAGGUUUGGCACGCAUUAAAAAACAAAUUAGACCGAGUCUAUAGGUCGAUAGUUAUCAGGCGUGAGUUGCAACACUAGACCAAUAGAAUAACUCUCAUCCAGUUGGUCGUGGCAGUCAUCUCUUAAUACUGAAUGGCAGCAAAUUGGCUCACCGAGAAAAUUCAUUCAACCUCAGUUGCAAGCAGCCUUCUGGUGGCCCAGGAAGGACUCUAGGCACCAUCAAACCCUACUAUCUAGGGAUGCUAUCUUCAGACCAAAAUCAUUAGGGGGAUUAGAUUUCAAAAAAAGUUUGGAUCAUAAUCUUGCGCUUCACAUUUUUUUUUUACUAAUAUAAAGAAACUAAAAUUAACAGAAAUUAGUUACAGAAUGCCAAACAUCAUCAGAAUUAGAAUAUUGAUCCUAAUCAUCUACUACCUAGCCUUAUCAGCUAAAAUACGACCCUAAUU